UCUCCUCUUCGAUUGGGAGCCCGUAGUCCCGUACCCAGCACUGUAGCCUGCAGCAGCAGCUCCUGUUGUCUGGCUGGCCGGCUUUAUGGCCGUCAUCUCACCUGCAGCGAGUUCAAGUACAACCACGUCAGGGGCUGCCCACAGCGCAGUAACUCCACUGCGGUCACUCGAGCGGCCUCGUCAUCUGCCCCGUCGCGUCGCCAUGGAUUCUUGAUGGGGAGUGCGUGGGAGUGGGUGCUCGAGAAAAAGAUCGAGGGCUUUCUGGUGCUGUGGUGCUUGCUUCACGCUGCAUUGUUCUGCGGAAGCUGGAACUCUUGAUCUCACCGCCCUGCUUGUGAGUUCUUGGCGUUUUCGGAGUGAUUAGCUUUGCGUUGGUUCUUGAUCUGUUCUCGCCAUCUUGGAGGGUGGGCCUUGAGUUGGGAAUGAGUUCCUGGCGUUUCUUGAUUGCCUCUUGCUGAUCCGAUCCGAUCCGAUCCCUAAGUGCUCGCGCGCAAGAUGAGCAUCCCGCACCUGUUCAGGUGCCCGAUCAGCCUGGACAUCUUCACGGACCCCGUGACGCUGUGCACGGGGCAGACGUACGACCGCCCCUGCAUCGAGCGCUGGCUCGCCGCCGGCCACCGCACGUGCCCCGUCACAAUGCAGCCGCUCGGCGACGCCGUGCUCGUGCCCAACCGCACCCUGCGCCACCUCAUCGAGCGCUGGCUCUCCGCCGACCAACAGGUACCCGAGCCCACGGCCGCCGAUGAUGACCACGCAGAGGAGCCGUCUCUCGCGGCGCUCAAGCGCUGCCUCCAGUCCGGCGCCGGCGCCGGCGCCAAUGCCAAGGUGGCCGCGCUCAAGAAGGUGGCGACGCUGGCGUCCGAGUCGGACGUCGGCCGCGCGUGCAUGCUCCAGCUGGGGUUCCUGCCCGUGCUGCUGCAGCUCGUCUUCCACGCGCCGGCGCCGUGGGACCUGUCCGAGCAGGAGGAGCUGGCGCUCCAGUGCGCGCUGAGCCUGCUGCCGUCGAGCCCGACCUCGCCCCAACACGGCUGCCUCAACAUGCUCAAGACGGAGGCCAGCCUGACGUCCUUGGUGUGGCUCCUGGAGCGCGGCCGCGCCCGGGUCAGGGCGGGCCUGUGUCGGCUCCUGGAGACGAUCGCCACGGCCGCGGCGACGCGGGAGCUGGCGAUCGCCGCCGCCGCAUCGCCGCGCGUCUGGCGGGCGCUCCUGCCCCUCCUGCAUCACGGCGACGAGCGCGUCUCGGGCGCCGCGGUGCGCGCGGUCGCGGCGGUCUGCUGCGCGGCCGAGCCCGCGUGCGGCAGCGCCGUCCACCACGGCGCCGUGCCCGAGCUCCUCAAGUGCCUGUCGUGGGCGUCGGCGGGGAAGGGAGGCGGCGCCGCCGCCGCGGCGGCGUCGAGCGCGCUGGCGGCGCUGGAGGCGCUGGCCGCGUCGGAGGCCGGGCGCAGGGCGGUGGCGCGCGAGCCCGGCGCGGUGCGGGCGCUGGUGAGGCACGUGUUCAUGAUGUCGUCGAGCAACGAGGGCAGCGAGCACGCGGUGGCGGCGCUGCUGGUCGUGUGCAGGGAGUCGAGGGCGGCGCGGAGCGAGGCCGCCGGAGCCGGGGUGGUGACGCAGGUGCUGCUGCUGCUGCAGAGCCAGUGCGGCACCAGGGCCAAGACCAAGGCGAGGUCGCUGCUGAAGCUGUUCAGGUCCAUGUGCAGCAAUCAAGCAAGGGGGUUAGGUUAGGAGUUGAUGCCGGUGUGAAGGUGCUAGACGUUCUUGGCUUUCAAGCUGUAAGUCCUGCAUCAAGAACGUCUGUUAAUUAA